AUGCAGUUCUCUCACAUUCUCUUGGCUGGUCUUGUUACCACCGUUUCCACCGUCAUGGCCGCUCACUGCCGGAUCGGAAGCGCUACCCGUGCCGACUGCUGCUGGGGUGGCGAGGAUGGCUACAAGUCCUGCUGGCGCCAAAACAAGGACUCGUCCUUCUGCAAGUCCGAUUCAGCCAACUACUGCACCAACGUUGAUGGUCCUAGCGGAGCCAAGAUGUCUACCACUUGUACUUCGUUCAAAAUGCAGUUCUCUGUCGCUCUUACCGCCAUCCUCUCGGCAAUCGCCGUUCCUGUUGUUCUUGCUUCUGAGUGUAAAGUUGGAUUUAACAACCCCCGAACAGACUGCUGCUGGGGAAAGGGUCAAAAGUCCUGCAUGAACCAGAACGGCGACGCAGUUUGGUGCGCAAGUAAUUCUGCCAACUUCUGCUACAACGUCAAGCGUCAGGGUACUGAUAUUCCCGUCUCUGACACAUGCGACGCUGAUUGCUGCGAUACAAAGACCGGCUGGGGUAUUGGAUGCCCCAAAUAA